CCAGAAUAUAUAAUACGAUAUUCAUUUAUUUUUUGUCUUUCUCUUUUCUAAUAUAGAAAGUCGGUAUAAACGAGUGCAUACGAGAAAUUAAAGUUAUCUUUCGCUUAAUAAAAGAAUAUAAUUGCAAAUACCUUCCAAAUUUAUAUAAUAAAUACAAGAAGAAAGGUGAAAGUAAAGAAUUUAAAAAUACAAUAAAUUAGUACAUACAAAGAUAAAACAGGUUGAGGCUAAGCUUUGAAGGCAAGUAGAGGCUAAGUUUCAGCACGUAAUAAAGAUCAAGUAGUACAAAACGUAUUAUACAAUGGUAGAAGUAGAAGCGAAACAUACACUUCAUAGUGGCAUUUUUCACCCUGUUUUACGACAGUGGCAAUCACCAAAUGUAGAAAUUACAGUUAACAAUCUUAUGUAUCCAAUUUUCGUCUUAGAUGAAGAAAAUGCUAAAGAUGCAAUUACCAGCAUGCCUGGUGUUUAUCGAUAUGGUAUCAAUGAAUUACGAAAAAUGUUGCAACCAUUGGUUGCAAAAGGUUUACAAUCAAUAUUAUUAUUUGGAGUAUCAAAACACCUAAAAAAGGAUCAUACUGGAAGUAAUGCAGAUAGCCUACAGAAUCCUAUUAUACAAGCUGUACCUUUAAUAAGACAAUGGUUUCCUAACUUAUUAAUAGCAUGUGAUGUUUGUUUGUGUCCCUAUACUAUUCAUGGACAUUGUGGUAUUUUAAAUGAUGAUGGAAGCAUAAAUAACAAAGCUAGUAUAGCAAGAAUUUCUGAAAUUGCUGUCGCAUAUGCACAAGCUGGAGCACAAAUUGUAGCACCAUCUGAUAUGAUGGAUGGAAGAAUUGGUGCGAUUAAAAAAAAGUUAGCAUCAGUUGGGUUAAUUAAUAAAAUUGCAGUUUUAUCAUAUUCAGUAAAAUUUGCAUCUGGAUUUUAUGGACCAUUUAGAGAUGCUUCACAAUCUGCUCCAAAAUUUGGUGAUAGAAAAUGCUAUCAGUUACCUCCAGGAAGUAAUGGGUUAGCAGCGAGAGCAGCUGCAAGGGAUGUUGCAGAAGGAGCUGAUAUGCUUAUGGUAAAACCAGGUCUAGCUUAUUUGGAUAUUGUUAGACAUACAAAAGAUGCACAUCCUGAAUAUCCAAUGUUUGUAUAUCAAGUUUCAGGAGAGUAUGCUAUGUUGUAUCAUGGUGCUCAAAAUGGUGCAAUUAAUUUAGAGAAUGUUUUAAAUGAAGUUCUUCUUUCAAUGAGAAGAGCUGGGGCUGACUGUAUCAUAACAUAUUUUACCCCAUUAAUUUUAGAUAUGUUGCAACCAAAAAGCAAGUAUUAAUGAUGUUACUCAUUGUCAUUAUGUAAAUAUUUAUAUUGAUAUAAAUAUAAUGUAAAUCAA